UCUGAGAACGAAAGCGGUGCGUGGCGUGGACGCGGUCGCCUCCACAUACACCACGCGGUGCGGCUGUUCGUCCAUCUGGUGCGUAGGCCCCGCCGCCCCCACCGCCAGGGGGCGCCCGCGGGACCCCGGCGGGAGCGCGCGCCACGUGGCCCGGAAACGCGCUGGGCGCUGGCGUCACGAGGCCCCGCGAGGUGGGCCGAGACCUGGGCUUGCAGAGACGCGCUGGGUAGCGCGGUCGGCCAGGGGAGGCCGGGCCCGAGUGGGGGCCGCGAGUGCGAGGCGGGAGGCGCGGGAGGCCGGAGUGGUGCGGGCGCAGGGUGCGGAGGUGCCGCCCUGCCCCCAGUCCCGGCAUGUUGCCCUGGUACCCCCGGCGGUGGAGCGUGGGCGAGGAGCAGGCGCCCGAGGAACAAGGCCUUUCGGCAGGCAGCGACCCUGGCGAGGCUUGGGACUCUGGAGAGGAAUCCCUGGGGGAGCUGGGAACACCCCCACAGGACAGUCCUCAGCCCAGGUCCCGAAGGCCUUCCUGGACCCAGCAAGAACAGCUGCUGUCAUGGCCUCCCCCAGGCUUGGCUGCCCAGCAACCCCCUGGAACCACAGUUCCUGUCUCCCCACAAAUGACCUGGGAGUUGGCUCCACCAAGGAUGACCCUGCUGGCACCAUGGGACCCCAACUAUGAGGCUAAAGCAGGACCUCGCCUAGUGUGGGGGCCCAGCUGUGCGUCUGGAGCCUCCUUCUCAGGCCGGACCUUGUGUCAUCCUUCAUUCUGGCCGCUGUACGAGGCAGCUUCAAGCAGGGUCCUCAGGCCUGGUCUAGCAGGACAUCAGAGUGGAGAGCAGGUGCCCAGGGAUGCAGGGCUCCCAGUGAUGUGCUGUGAAGAUGUCUUUCUUUCAGACCCACUGCUGCCUUGUGGGCAGCGUGUUCCCCUGUACCUGUCUGAGGCCCCUCACCAGGUCAUGGGCUGUCUGAAGCUGCUGCUCCCACCCCCGAUCAUGUCCCCCUGGGUCCUCCCCACUCCAUCCUCUGGCUGCUGCACCACCUGGCUCAGUGGGCCUGAGCUGAUAGCCCUCACCGGCCUCCUGCAGAUGAGCCAGGGAGAGCCGAGACCCAGCUCAUCCAAGGCUCCCACGCCCCCUGCUGGCCCCCUAGCCCCUAUCUCUGACCACCCAGGCGCCAGUGGUGGCCGGAGCUGUUCUCACUGCACUGACCCAUCUCUCCCAGGGGCCUCAGACACCCAUUGUCCAUAGCCUCUCUGGAGGCAGGAUGGGCCCCCUUACUUCCCUAGGCAGUUCUGUUGACAAUAAAAGUGUUGGUUUGCAAA